AUGGCUACACCCUCUCCAAGUUCUGAUCUUGGCAAUGAUGUUAUCAAACAGGGUACUGGUUUAAGGGAGAAGUAUGUGGUGGUGAAAGUGUAUGAAAUAUUCAGGAAUGAUGAUGGUGUGAGGGAUGCUGUCUGGAGCCACAUAUUGAGAUGGAAAGGUCUGAAGAGAAUUCAAGUGUUUUUAUGGAUGGGUAAAGUUGAAUUCAGAGGGAGCUUCAAGGGGCCUGCAAGAUGUCGUUUCGCAAAGCUGCUUCACGGUAUCCCGUUCUCCGAAUUCCAUUUGCUUUUUACUCGCAACUUCAGCUUUUCUUCUUAUGGCUCAAAUCCUCAGAGUAUUAAAGGGGCUCUCUCUUCUUUUAACCACUUGCUUCAUAUGCGGCCCCCACCCUCUAUAAUCCAAAUUAAUAAGAUCUUAGGAUCUGUUGCAAAGUUGAAACACCAUCGAAUUGUUUUCUCCCUUCUCGCACAAGCGGAAUCCAAGGGAUUCGUGCCAUCUUUGGUUACACUGAACAUCUUGAUUAAUUGUUACUGCCAUGUGGGUCGAAUGGAUUUUGCUUUCUUUGCCUUAGGCAAGAUUUCUAAGAUGGGUUUGACCACGCUGAUCAAGGGCCUUUGCAUCAAUAAUGACGUUGGAAAGGCCCUAGAUUUUCAUGAUCAACCUAUUGCAAGAGGGUUUCAGCUGGAUGUAGUUAGUUAUGGCACACUUGUCAUUGGACUAUGUAAGGCUGAAAACACAAGAACUGCGGUUAUAUUGUUCCAAAAGAUGGUCAGAGGCCCAGUUAAACCUAAUUUAGUUAUGUAUAAUACACUUAUUGAUGGGUUUUUCAAAGAAGGCCUUGUAGCAGAAGCAUUUGAUUUAUUUCAUCAGACGAUUCAUCAUGGAAUAUCUCCCAGUGUUGUCACCUACAACUCUACGAUGCCUGGUUUUGGCGUUAUGGAUCAAUUGCCAGAAGCUGUAAGAUUAUUUAAUCAAAUGAGACUUGAAGACAUCAACCCUAAUGUUAUACUUUUAAUAUAUUGGUUGAUGCAUUUUGUAAAGAAGGAAGUGUCACCACAGGUGAAGCUGUUGUCGCCAUGA